AUGGCAAUAUUUGGUCUACAGAUAGUCAUAUCUUUAGUUGUUUUUUGUUUUUUAACUAAAUUAACAAAAUAUUAUUCAUUUGGUCGAUGGCUACUUUGUAAUGGUUUAUUUCGUUAUUGGCCACCAACAAAUGAAGAAUUGAAACAAGCUAUAAAACAACGUUAUGCAAAAGAAUCAAAUAGUAAAUCUAAAAAACAAUCAAAUAUAUCAAAAUCUUAUCAUAAAAGUUCAACAACAAAUAAUAAUGAUUCAUCAAAUACAAUAGAAGAAUUUCCUAUUCCAAUUGAUACAUCAAUUGAAUUAAAAUUAAUACCUUUAACACAUCAUGAUGUUAUACAAGUUAAAUAUAUUGAUGAAUUUUUUUCUUUAGUUGAUUUUAUAACAGGUUCAAUAAUAAUAUUUCUAUUAACUGAAUUAUAUCUUUAUGUAAUACCAAUAAUACGUCAAAAUAAUGAACAUUUCAAUGAAAUAAAUUUAAGUUUAUUUUGGUGUUUUAUAUCAUUAUUACUUGCAUUAAUAGUAUUAACAAAAUUUGUACGUGAAUAUUUAAAAGUUGAUGAAGGUAUAUUAUGUAUUUUAUUUGGUGCUUUAUCAUUUUUACUUGCAUUAUGUUUACAAUAUAUAGAUGAAAAAUUUUUUGAUUUUAAUUUAAAACACACAUAUGGAAAUCAUACAAUAAUAUAUAAUGAUGAUAAUGAUGAAGAAAUCAAUUAUAUUGAUCGUCGUUUUAUUUAUAUUGUAAUGUUAUUAUCAUUAAUAAAUGCUUAUCAAACUAUAAUAUUAUUUUUUCCAGCAUUUCGUUUUGGUCAAUUACAAUAUUUAUUUUUAAUAAAAAAUAAAAAAACAAAUAAAAAAACUUUUAAAAAUAUAUUUAUAUUUAUUUUAAUAAUAAUUAAUUUUAUAUUACCAAUAUUUACAUGUUUAUUAUGGUUUAAACCAAUAAUACAACAUAUUAAUAUGAAUUAUAUAAUACAAUUAAAAAUUUUAUCAAUUAUUAUAUGUAUUUUAUUACGUAUUUGUUUAUUUAAAUUUUAUAUACAAAUAUAUCUUGAUACAGCAUUUGAUCGUGUUAAAAUUUUAUAUGAUCAACAACAAUUAACAACAACACGUAUAACUAAUUUAUCAUAUCAACGUAAUGUAACAUCAAUAUUUUUUUAUCUUGGUGUUGUUACAUCACAAUAUAUAUUACCAGGAUUUAUUGAAUUAAUUAUUUGUUUUUAUUAUAAAAAUUUUUCAUAUAAAAAUUCAAAUUUAUCUAUUAAUACAUUAACACCACCAAAAUGGUUACAACAUUUUGAUAAUUAUAUGACUAAUACAACAAAUACAAAUUCAUCAUUAAUAUUAACAUGGAAUGAUUUACAUACAUUUUUUAAUAAUCAACAUAUUACUGUAUUUCUAUCAUAUUUAUUAUUUUGGCAUCAUACAAUAUUUUGUUUGAUUAGUUGUGGUUCAUUAAUAUAUAAUACUUAUAUACAACGUGAACAACAUGUUAAUGUUAAAAACGAUUAA